CGACCUCGAUUAGGUGUGAAUGAACCACCAUUAGUACCUUAUCGACUUCCAAUUAUUGGGCAUACGUACAGCUAUAUAUUCGAUACUGAAAAUUUAUUUAAAAAGUGUAAAAAUUACGGUGACACAUUUAGUUUAUACGUCUUUGGAGAUGUAAGAACUUUUACAGGUGCUGAAACCGCUUAUGAAGUCCUAAUGAAUAAUAGCAUUUUUGAUUUCCAUUUGGCUGUAGAAAAGGUAGACAUCUAUGUAGUCAUAGAAAUUUUAUAA